AUGGCUGCCAAGAACCACCAGAGGCCGCCCUUCAGGGCCGAGCAUAUAGGCUCUCUUCUUCGCCCGAAGGAGCUCGUCGAUAAGCGAGUUGCUAUGGACGGGAAGAAGGCUCUCGAGAUCACCCACGACCCCGAGCUACGCGAAAUCGAGAAGCGCACCAUCAAGGACAUUGUCAAGCUCCAGCUCGACCUUGGUUUUCAUGCCGUCAAUGAUGGUGAGCACUCGCGACACCAAUUUUGGGGUACCUUCUGGCCAGGGCUUGAAGGGAUGGAGGAGAUCAUGAAUCCUCCGCUGGAUAUGUUCCGGCUCUACGUUCCGGACCUCGCGGCGUUCACUGAGGCUGGACACAAGCCUGGCGAGUCCGUGGUGUGUGUCGGCAAGAUUAAGCACGUCGGCAGCACCUACACCGACGAGUGGAACUACCUCAAGAGCCUGUUGCCGGAAGACCGCGUUAAGGAGGCCAAGCUGACUCUCCCGGCACCUAACUGGUACCACCUGCGAUACAAGGCCGGCCAUGCGUAUCCCAAAGAGGUUUAUGCCAAUGACGCGGAGUACUUUGCCGACAUCGCCAAGGCCUACCAGGCUGAGCUGCAGAUCCUGUACGACGCCGGCUGCCGCAACGUCAGUUUCGACGAUCCUAACCUGGCCUACUUCUGCUCUGAGAAGAUGCUCCAAGGAUUCAAGGACAACAACGAGGAUGCCGACGCCCUCUUCGACAGCUACGUCAAGCUGUACAACGACUGCCUCUCCAAGCGGCCUGCUGACAUGCAUGUUGGUCUGCACCUGUGCCGCGGCAACUUUGCCUACUCUCGCCACUUCUCCGAGGGAGGGUACGAUCGCGUCGCCACCAAGCUCUUCAAAGAGAUCAACGUCGACACCUACUUCCUGGAGUACGACACCGACCGCGCCGGCGGAUUCGAGCCCCUGACCGAGCUGCCCGCGCAUAAGAAUGUCGUCCUGGGCGUCAUUACCAGCAAGUUCCCCGAGCUCGAGGAUCUCGGCAAGAUGAAGGAUCGCGUCUGCCAGGCCGCCGACUACGUCGCCAAGGGCGCCGGUCAGACUCGUGAGGAGGCGCUCAAGCGUAUUGGUGUCAGCCCGCAGUGCGGAUUUGCGAGCCACCACCUCGGCAACUCAAUUACCCGCGAGGACAUGGUCAACAAGCUCAAGCUCGUGCGCCAGCUGGCUGACGAGAUCUGGCCCGGUGAGCCUUGA